AUGGCUCGUUUUUUCUUAGAUAAUGUAACGCUGUUGUGUCGUGUCGUGCGACGAAAUUUUGAUUCAUUCAGUUCUUCUAGAUCACAUAAAGCAAAUGACAAUGACAGAAUGGAUGAGUACAGAGAGCUGAUAAUUAAUGAAGAAAAGCCAGAGCGAAUGGUUUUUAAAACAAACACUGCUAUUCCGUCAACAAAUGGAAUGUCUAGAUGUUGCGGUUCACGAGUUGAAGAGUUGGCAGAGCGCAGGUAUUAUGCACAUAAAACUGUAAAAGCUCUACGUCGAUUUUAUGAGGAUAGUUUGGUUUACUUCGCCGGACUUCGAAAAUUCUAUCGCAGAGAAGGGAAGAAAGAUAUGUCGAGAAUUGAAAACGAAGAGGAAAAAAUAAAAUUUGCUUGCUUCAUGUUAAAGCGGAAAUAUGUAGACUCAGUUUUCACUUUAAUGCCAUUGAAAAAUUUGAUUGACUAUCACAUACAUGAAAUGGCUCGAAUACAGUUGAUUAAUCUAAAUUUGCGGAAGCAGUGGUCAUUGUUGAAAGGUUGUGAACAAGAAUUGGAUUUCGAAGACCUCUCUCGGAAUUUAGAAAAAAUACUUCAUUUCACAAAUGGAUUUGAAAAAAAUAAUCUUCUAAAGAAUAUGGAGCGAUGGCAACAAAAUUUGAAGAAUCGUUCUGUUAACUAUACUGAGAACGCAGUAAGUAAUGAUGACCUGAAGAUGACAUCAAGUAGCCCGGUACGAGUUUUACGAAGUGCUCAAGAAAUUCAAAUUCGAAAUCCAAAGGGUACCAGUGCGCAUGUGGAUCGUUUGCGCGAUGAACUGAAAUGGAGAAGAAAAGAGGCUGACGAAGAAAACUCGCUAAUGGCACAAAUCGAAGCUCAUAAUCGUUACAUUUCGAGAACAAAGAAAGAUAUUGCAGAAUUAAUCAAUUUGGACAAUAUGGACUCAGAACUUUCGGCGGAAAAUGCAUCUACCGUAAAAAACGAACAUUCUUUACUGGAAAUUGCAGACUCAUCUCGAAAAACUUUGGUAAAUAGUCAGGAUGAACGAAUGAACUCCACUCGCAGUUCCAACUUGAGAGAUGAAGCACUUAAUUCAGAGACAAAAAAACAGUCGACAAAUUUACAGAACUUGGAGCAUAUUUCUGGACAAGAAACAAAAGCAGAUAGUUUUUCUAGUAGUGGCAGUCAUAUUGCUUCUGUGAGCGAAAAAUUUCCUAAUAAAGAGGAUGAAAGUUGCAGAACUUUGAAUGCUACAUCAUUGUCUGAAAAAGAUCAUUCAGUUUAUUUAUUGGAUGACUUAAGUAGGAAUGAGCAAGUAGUUGGUAGCUUAAUAGACAUUCAUGAUAGCUCUGAAGUCCUUCAUACUGGAAGCGAAGGAUUUAGAAAAGACACUUCUAAGGAAGUAGUUUUAACUACUACCAAUAAAGUUGAUCCAAACGAUACUCAGAAAGAUAAGCUAUUAUUUACUCAAGAGGACUUAGAGUGCCGAAGCAGUUCACUGUUCAGCACUGAAGAUGAACAGUUCUUCACGCCGUUACCAUCUGAUUCUGAAAACAGUAUCAUUAGUAAUUUCGCUGAUCAAACAGUUCGACAGGGUAAUGAAUUAGUUACACAAAUAUCUGAAUUUUUCUUCGGUUCAUUUAUUUUUCCGCAUCUAAUUCUGAUUCAGAGUCCAGUUUCCAUUCAACUGUUUCUUCGCCUACUCAGUGUGGAAAAUUUGACGAUGCGUAGUCCAUCAAAUUAUAGAAGGUUCAUGCCUGAUAUUAGUCCAAUUGAAUCGCCCAUAAAUUCUACAUCUAAAUAUAUGACGUCGCUGCCAUGUAAAGUCAGUUCGAAAAGCAGCACAGACAGUUCUCAUUCGCCUAAGGUAUCGGAUCACUGUGUAUUACCGUUAGCUGCAUCCAUAUUGAGUUGUCUUGUGGAAGAAUGUGUGGAAACAAUGUUAACGUUAAAAAAUGAAAAUUCAUGCUCAUCGAAGGAUGCAAAUGCAGUAUUCAAAUCUAAUGAGGAAUCAUUUGCAGAAAAUUCAUAUGGUGAAAGCGAGCCUAAAGACUUGAUACCGGGUUUGGAUCUAAGUGAAGUUGAAGAUAUGGAAAUGGAAACAGAGGCAAAACAAAAUUCUCUCUUUAGACCUCCGGAACAAGUCAAUUUGAUGUGCGACAUAAAGCCUCAGUCUGAAUCAACGUCAUUGGAACUGAGUUCGAAUGAAUUAGUGACAUCAUUUUUUUAUGACGAAGAAUGGAUUAGGACUCAAGUCGAAUCAUUCAGCAAGAAAAUAUGGAAUUCUAAACUUACAAAGCCAGUUUAUGUUGCGGUUGAUGACCCAUCAAAUCCGACAUCGCAGGAAAGCCAAUUGAAAGAAUUGAUUGCGGAUCUAUGCUGUGAGGUAGCAAAGCACUGUUUGAAAAAUGAUCACCAUGGUUGUUCUAUGGGUUUAGGAAAUAUCAUUGAUUCUCGACCAAGGAACGUAUUACAAUUUAUUGAUUUGAUGCAGAAAAAAUUUAGCAAAUAUUAUCAUGAUAGCAAACAGAAUGUGUACAAAAAGCGGUGGGAAUCAAUAUCACGGGGUCAUAAUUUUGAGAUCGAAAACAUUGUUCUUGAAGAGCUUUACGCUCAUCAAAGUAAUCUGGAAGAUUUGUUAGCUGCUGAACAAAAUGAAAUAAAAUUACAACUUUUUGAUGAAAUUUGGAAUGAACAGCUUUCGGAAUCGAUGAGUGCUAUCAUAUUUUAG